UGGGACGACGUGGCUUGCAACGUGUGCGGGCGGCAAGACGGGGAGGAACGAAUGAUCUUGUGCGACGAGUGCGACUGCGGUUUUCACUUGGAAUGCCUCCGGCCGAAGCUAGCGGAGAUUCCGAGAGGAAGGUGGGUGUGCUGGGGUUGU